CUUCAUAGAAAAAACAGACAUCAUCACUUCAUGAGCUUCUGCAUGAAAAGACAGCAGCAGAGAACACCUCAAGGAACAGGAUGCUGAAACUACGUCUCACUUUAUUGAUUGUCAGUGUUAUGAGUGCUUCCCUGUUGGCAGACCCUACUGAGAUCAGGCUGGUGAAUGGUGUGAGUAACUGUUGUGGUCGAGUGGAGAUCCAGCACAGAGCCCAGUGGGGAACAGUGUGUGAUGAUGAUUGGGACUUAAAGGAUGCAGAGGUGGUGUGUAGACAGCUUGGAUGUGGUAGAGCCGUCAGCGCACCUCAAAGUGCCCACUUUGGAGAGGGAAGUGAACCAACCUGGCUGGAUGAUGUUCGGUGUACUGGAACCGAGAGCUACAUAGAUCAGUGCUCACACAAUGGAUUUGGAGUAGAGAACUGUGGACAUGGUGAAGAUGCUGGAGUUGUAUGCUCAAACUUGCAGUCUCCCACAUUGACUCGGAUCUCCCCAAACUCUGUGGUCUCACCUGGAGAAGUCCUUCAGUUCACAUGUACCACACCCAGCCCAACAUGCAUCUCUGUGGACUUCAGUUUGUAUAAAGAUGGGACAUCAAUAAAGACACAAACUGCAGAGUCUACAACAACAUUUACUCUGACUGUAGACGCCUCACAUCAGGGCCAGUACACCUGUGACUACUCAUACAGGGAAAGUGCCUCCACAUCAUUCAUGAGCAAGGCUAUUAACAUUAAUGUGGUGAACUUGCAGCAGCCCAGUAUCUCCUUCAGUGCUGCUGGUGGAUGGUUCCACCAGGGACCUGAUGGACCAGAAAUGACUAUAGGGUACGGAUUCUCCAUCAUCUGCUCCACUGACACUCAGUAUCCAGGAGGUACCUUCUACUUGAAGUUCAGUGGAUCCAACAUCACCAGGACUCAGUCAGCUGUUAACCACUCAGCUGCCUUCCUUUUUCCUAAGGCAGAUUGUGUCCAUCAGGGAAACUACAGUUGUACUUAUGAAGUUAAUGUGUCUUCACGUACCUUUACUUCCACCAAACUCCUGGUCAUCACUGUGAAAGGCUGUAAUGAGAUCAGGCUGGUGAAUGGUCCAAGUAACUGUUGUGGUCGAGUGGAGAUCCAGCACAAAGCCCAGUGGGGAACAGUGUGUGAUGAUGAUUGGGACUUAAAGGAUGCAGAGGUGGUGUGUAGACAGCUUGGAUGUGGUAAAGCCAUCAGCGCACCUCAUAAUGCCCACUUUGGUCAGGGAAGUGAACCAACCUGGCUGGAUGAUGUGCAGUGUACUGGAACUGAGAGCUACAUAGAUCAGUGCUCACACAGUGGAUUUGGAGUAGAGAACUGUGGACAUGGUGAAGAUGCUGGAGUCGUGUGCUCAAACCUGCAGACUCCCACAUUGACUCGGAUCUCUCCAAACUCUGUGAUCUCACCUGGAGAAGUCCUUCAGUUCAAAUGUUCCACACCCAGCCCAACAUGCAUCUCUGUAGACUUCACUUUGUAUAAAAACGGGACUUCAAUAAAGAAGCAAACUGCAGAGUCUACAACAACAUUUACUCUGACUGUAGAUGCCUCACAUCAGGGUCAGUACACCUGUGACUACUCCUACAGAGAAAGUGACUUCACAUCAUCCAGGAGCAACUCCAUUAAUGUUACUGUGGUGAACUUGCAGAAGCCCAAUAUCUCCUUCAGUGCUGCUGGUGGAUGGUUCCGCUGGGGGUCUGAUGGACCAGAAGUGACUAUAGGCCACAGCUUCUCCAUCAUCUGCUCCACUGAACCUCAGUAUCCAGGAGGUUCUUUCCACUUAGAGUUUGGCGGAUCCAGCAUCACCAGGACUCAGUCAGCUGUUAACCACUCUGCUGUUUUUCUUUUUCCUGAAGCAGAUUGUGUCCAACAGGGAAAGUACAACUGUACUUAUGAAAUUAAUGUGUCUUCACGCACAUUUACCUCUACUGAACUCCUGGUCAUCACUGUGAAAGGCUGUAAAGAGAUCAAGCUGGUGAAUGGUCCAAGUAACUGUUGUGGUCGAGUGGAGAUCCAGCACAAAGCCCAGUGGGGAACAGUGUGUGAUGAUGAUUGGGACAUAAAGGAUGCAGAGGUGGUGUGCAGACAGCUUGGAUGUGGUAAAGCCAUCAGCGCUCCUCAAGCUGCCCACUUUGGUCAGGGAAGUGAACCAACCUGGCUGGAUGAUGUUCAGUGUACUGGAACUGAGAGCUACAUAGAUCAGUGCUCACACAAUGGAUUUGGAAUAGAGAACUGUGGACAUGGUGAAGAUGCUGGAGUCGUCUGCUCAAACUUGCAGGCUCCCACACUGACUCGGAUCUCCCCAAACUCUGUGCUCUCACCUGGAGAAGUCCUUCAGUUCACAUGUACCACACCCAGCCCAACAUGCAUCUCUGUAGACUUCAGUUUGUAUAAAACUGGGACAUCAAUAAUGACACAAACUGCAGAUUCUACAACAACAUUUACUCUGACUGUAGAUGCCUCACAUCAGGGCCAGUACACCUGUGACUAUUCAUACAGGGAAAGUACCUCCAUAUCAUCCAGGAGCAACUCCAUUAACAGCACUGUAGGUAAGUGGAGAGAGGACCUUAUUCUGAACAGCGUUAAUUCAGUCUGGAUCUGUUCAUUCAUUAUUUUCAGUAAGACUCACACUGACUGGCUUUUAUAUUUGAGGUUCCUAACAAACAAUGCCUGUUGUUCUCUAGUAAACUUACAGCAGCCCAACAUCUCCUUCACUGCCACUGGUGGAUGGUUCCACUGGGGGCCUAACGGACCAGAAGUGACUAUUGGCUACGGAUUCUCCAUCACUUGCUCCGUUAAAGCUCAGUAUCCAGGAGGUUCCUUUCACUUGGUGAUCAGUGGAUCCAAUAUCACCAGGACUCAGUCAGCUGUUAAUCACUCAGCUGUCUUCCUUUUUCCUAAGGCAGAUUGUGUCCAUCAGGGAAACUACAACUGUAUUUAUGAAGUUAACGUGUCUUCACGUACCUUUACUUCCACCAAACUCCUGCCCAUCACUGUGAAAGGCUGUAAAGAUAUCAGGCUGGUGAAUGGUCCAAGUACCUGUUGUGGUCGAGUGGAGAUCCAGCACAAAGCCCAGUGGGGAACAGUGUGUGAUGAUGAUUGGGACUUAAAGGAUGCAGAGGUGGUGUGCAGACAGCUUGGAUGUGGUAAAGCCAUCAGCGCUCCUCAAAGUGCCCACUUUGGUGAGGGAAGUGAACCAACCUGGCUGGAUAAUGUGCAGUGUAAUGGAACUGAGAGCUACAUAGAUCAGUGCUCACACAAUGGAUUUGGAAUAGAGAACUGCGGACAUGGUGAAGAUGCUGGAGUCGUCUGCUCAAACUUGCAGGCUCCCACAUUGACUCGGAUCUCCCCAAACUCUGUGGUCUCACCUGGAGAAGUCCUUCAGUUCACAUGUACCACACCCAGCCCAACAUGCAUCUCUGUAGACUUCAGUUUGUAUAAAACUGGGACAUCAAUAAUGACACAAACUGCAGAGUCUACAACAACAUUUACUCUGACUGUAGAUGCCUCACAUCAGGGCCAGUACACCUGUGACUAUUCAUACAGGGAAAGUAACUCCAUAUCAUCCAGGAGCAACUCCAUUAACAUCACUGUAGUAAACUUACAGCAGCCCAACAUCUCCUUCACUGCCACUGGUGGAUGGUUCCACUGGGGGCCUAACGGACCAGAAGUGACUAUUGGCUACGGAUUCUCCAUCACUUGCUCCGUUAAAGCUCAGUAUCCAGGAGGUUCCUUUCACUUGGUGAUCAGCAGAUCCAACAUCACCAGGACUCAGUCAGCUGUUAAUCACUCAGCUGUCUUCCUUUUUCCUAAGGCAGAUUGUGUCCAUCAGGGAAACUACAACUGUAUUUAUGAAGUUAACGUGUCUCCACGUACCUUUACUUCCACCAAACUUCUGCCCAUCACUGUGAAAGGCUGUAAAGAUAUCAGGCUGGUGAAUGGUCCAAGUACCUGUUGUGGUCGAGUGGAGAUCCAGCACAAAGCCCAGUGGGGAACAGUGUGUGAUGAUGAUUGGGACUUAAAGGAUGCAGAGGUGGUGUGUAGACAGCUUGGAUGUGGUAAAGCCGUCAGCGCUCCUCAAAGUGCCCACUUUGGUGAGGGAAGUGAACCAACCUGGCUGGAUAAUGUGCAGUGUAAUGGAACUGAGAGCUACAUAGAUCAGUGCUCACACAAUGGAUUUGGAAUAGAGAACUGCGGACAUGGUGAAGAUGCUGGAGUCGUCUGCUCAAGCUGUAAAGAGAUCAGGCUGGUGAAUGGUCCAAGUAACUGUUGUGGCCGAGUGGAGAUCCAGCACAAAGCCCAGUGGGGAACAGUGUGUGAUGAUGAUUGGGACUUAAAGGAUGCAGAGGUGGUGUGUAGACAGCUUGGAUGUGGUAAAGCCGUCAGCGCUCCUCAAAGUGCCCACUUUGGUGAGGGAAGUGAACCAACCUGGCUGGAUAAUGUGCAGUGUAAUGGAACUGAGAGCUACAUAGAUCAGUGCUCACACAAUGGAUUUGGAAUAGAGAACUGUGGACAUGGUGAAGAUGCUGGAGUUGUGUGCUCAAACCUGCAGGCUCCCACAUUGACUUGGAUCUCCCCAAACUCUCUGGUCUCACCUGGAGAAGUCCUUCAGUUCACAUGUACCACACCCGGCCCAACAUGCAUCUCUGUAGACUUCAGUUUGUAUAAAACUGGGACAUCAAUAAUGACACAAACUGCAGAGUCUACAACAACAUUUACUCUGGCUGUAGAUGCCUCACACCAGGGCCAGUACACCUGUGACUACUCAUACAGGGAAAGUACCUCCAUAUCAUCCAGGAGCAACUCCAUUAACAUCACUGUAGUAAACUUACAGCAGCCCAACAUCUCCUUCACUGCCACUGGUGGAUGGUUCCACUGGGGGCCUAACGGACCAGAAGUUACUAUUGGCUACGGAUUCUCCGUCAUUUGCUCUGUUAAAGCUCAGUAUCCAGGAGGUUCCUUUCACUUGGCGAUCAGCGGAUCCAACAUCACCAGGACUCAGUCAGCUGUUAAUCACUCAGCUGUCUUCCUUUUUCCUAAGGCAGAUUGUGUCCAUCAGGGAAACUACAACUGUAUUUAUGAAGUUAACGUGUCUUCACGUACCUUUACUUCCACCAAACUCCUGCCCAUCACUGUGAAAGGCUGUAAUGAGAUCAGAGUGGUGAAUGGGCCGAGGAGCUGUUGCGGUCGAGUGGAGAUCCAGCACAGAGCCCAGUGGGGAACAGUGUGUGAUGAUGAUUGGGACUUAAAGGAUGCAGAGGUGGUGUGUAGACAGCUUGGAUGUGGUAAAGCCGUCAGCGCUCCUCAAAGUGCCCACUUUGGCGAGGGAAGUGAACCAACCUGGCUGGAUAAUGUGCAGUGUAAUGGAACUGAGAGCUACAUAGAUCAGUGCUCACACAAUGGAUUUGGAAUAGAGAACUGUGGACAUGGUGAAGAUGCUGGAGUUGUGUGCUCAAGUAAGUUUUUCUUUUGUGGCAGUAUCCUGUUAAACGUGAAUAAAUACUUGCAGGCUCCCACAUUGACUUGGAUCUCCCCAAACUCUGUGGUCUCACCUGGAGAAGUCCUUCAGCUCACAUGUACCACACCCGGCCCAACGUGCAUCUCUGUAGACUUCAGUUUGUAUAAAACUGGGACAUCAAUAAUGACACAAACUGCAGAUUCUACAACAACAUUUACUCUGACUGUAGAUGCCUCACAUCAGGGCCAGUACACCUGUGUCUAUUCAUACAGGGAAAGUACCUCCAUAUCAUCCAGGAGCAACUCCAUUAACAUCACUGUAGUAAACUUACAGCAGCCCAACAUCUCCUUCACUGCCACUGGUGGAUGGUUCCACUGGGGGCCUAACGGACCAGAAGUGACUAUUGGCUACGGAUUCUCCGUCAUUUGCUCCAUUAAAGCUCAGUAUCCAGGAGGUUCCUUUCACUUGGCGAUCAGCGGAUCCAACAUCACCAGGACUCAGUCAGCUGUUAAUCACUCAGCUGUCUUCCUUUUUCCUAAGGCAGAUUGUGUCCAUCAGGGAAACUACAACUGUACUUAUGAAGUUAACGUGUCUUCACGUACCUUUACUUCCACCAAACUGCUGGCCAUCACUGUGAAAGGCUGUAAUGAGAUCAGAGUGGUGAAUGGGCCGAGGAGCUGUUGCGGUCGAGUGGAGAUCCAGCACAGAGCCCAGUGGGGAACAGUGUGUGAUGAUGACUGGGACUUAAAGGAUGCAGAGGUGGUGUGUAGACAGCUUGGAUGUGGUAAAGCCGUCAGCGCUCCUCAAAGUGCCCACUUUGGCGAGGGAAGUGAACCAACCUGGCUGGAUAAUGUGCAGUGUAAUGGAACUGAGAGCUACAUAGAUCAGUGCUCACACAAUGGAUUUGGAAUAGAGAACUGUGGACAUGGUGAAGAUGCUGGAGUUGUGUGCUCAAGUAAGUUUUUCUUUUGUGGCAGUAUCCUGUUAAACGUGAAUAAAUGUAUAUAAUUAUUAUUAUAUAUUUUUUUGUUAUAAGACUUGCAGGCUCCCACAUUGACUUGGAUCUCCCCAAAC